GGGGCGAGGGCGGGGGCGGGGCCAUUGAGGCCGGGCUGGCUGAGGGGACGCGCCGCCGCCACCGCCGUGGCUGCCGCGAUGGUCUCCUGGAUGAUUUCACGGGCCGUCGUGCUGGUGUUUGGGAUGCUGUAUCCUGCGUAUUACUCAUACAAAGCUGUGAAGACAAAAAAUGUGAAGGAAUAUGUUCGCUGGAUGAUGUAUUGGAUUGUGUUUGCUCUUUAUACAGUUACUGAAACAAUAACUGACCUAACAGUCUCUUGGUUUCCACUUUACUAUGAACUGAAGAUAGCUUUUGUUAUUUGGCUCCUUUCCCCAUACACUAGAGGGGCGAGUUUAAUCUACAGAAAAUUUCUCCACCCGCUGCUUUCUUCUAAAGAAAGGGAGAUUGAUGACUACAUUGUACAAGCCAAAGAAAGAGGCUAUGAGACCAUGGUGAAUUUUGGAAGGCAAGGGUUGAAUUUGGCAGCAACUGCUGCAGUGACAGCGGCUGUAAAGAGUCAAGGUGCGAUAACUGAGAAGCUGAGAAGUUUCAGCAUGCAUGAUUUGACUACUAUACAAGGAGAUGAGCCGGUAGGACAGAGGCCCUACCAGACAUUGCCAGAAGCAAAAAAGAAAACCAGAGCCUCUGCAAGUGAAUCUUCAGGUUACAAAACUCCAUUGGAAAAAAAUCCUGGAGAUGAUAAAACAGAUGAAGAGAUGGAGGGGACACAUUCAGAGGAUGAAAUGUUUGCUCAGAGAGGCCUUCGAAGAACGCAGAGCAUGAAAUCUGUGAAAACUAUUAAAGGCCGUAAAGAGAUACGGUAUGGAUCAUUGAAAUACAGAAUAAAGAAGAGACCCGCCGUAUACUUCUAAGCGUAUUGCACAAUGCCUGCAAGACAAACUGCUGUAUUAUAAUAACUUGAAUUCAGUGUGUCGAGUGUUAAAGAUCUAUGUAUGAUUCAUAUAAUGAGUAUGUAUGAAUAGAUACGGUAGGACUUGGUUUUAUGAACCGAAAUGGUUGGUAAAGUACUGCUCUGCUUUUCUUUAAUUGCUUAUUGUUUAGACUUAAAUCUGGACAAGUUACAGUAUGAAUUUCAGCACUCCUUAAAUGGGAGUUAAAUGAGUAAUAGGAAACAGCCUUUUUCCAGAGGUACUGAACAGACCGAAAUAAUUACAACUCUGAUUGAAAUAGCAGAAGUUGUAAGUGUUUGGAACUUGUGAAGAUCGAACCCAUAGUGUCCCUAAGUUUACAUGGAAAGAUAGGUAUACUUGAACUAUUUUGCUGAACUACAAUUCCUGGAAAGGCCUUUGUGUAAUUUGGAAAUCUACAGUUUAAAGGACAGUAGAUAAUGGUGGGGAAGGAAAUGGAAAGACAAGGUAGAUAUCAUACAUCCUUAAGAUCAUCUUCUUGCAUCAUAUUGCCAAGUUUAACAAAUUUAUAUUAAUAGGUGCAAACUGGGGGGACAUUUAGCACUUUAUGCAAAACUGUACAGUUUUGCACACUCUUACUGAUUUACAGCUGCACAUGUCAUUUUAGUAACUUCUUAAGUAGGUUAAGCUUAUCUUUUUGAAUGCCAGCAUUUCUUGUAUUUCAAGGUCUUUUUAGAACUUGCCUUGAUUGCUUAAGCACACUUAGAAUGCUGUAGAUAAUUGCUACUAACAAUUAACAAUAUUAUCAGGUGCCUUUCUAUGUAUUACAGGGCUGUGUGGGUUUUUGUGUGGGGUUUUUGUGUUUUGUGGGGGGUUUUCUUUGUUGUUUUGUGUCUGUCUUCCUCCUUCACCUAGAGAGAUGUAACAUGAUUUAAGUCAGUUUUUGGUUAAAAUUGUGGUAAGCAAAACUUGUAGCAAUUCCAGUGAUAGCCCUCAGGGAUCUGAUCAGCCCAUCAGCUGUGUAUUAAAGUCAUGCUGACAUGAAGGCAUGUAUGGUAGAUAAUUCAGGCCCUGGUUUGGUUUUGCUCUGCAUUGUUUUAAGGGUGAAUAUAUAUAUAUAUGAAUGUGUAUAUAUAUUUCAUAUCAUAUGUAGAUUCUAAAAUUGGCUGUGUAGUACUUAUUGCUAAAGUUAUUACUGAAAUAUUUACAUGCGGAUAACUUUUUCUAGAAGUCUAGCUGAUUUAGUCAGCCAUUUUAACUUAGAGUCCCAUGGCGUAACUGUUUGCACAGAGAUCAAUUUUGGAAUGUCUUUCAAGGCAGGGACCUGUCAAAAUGACUUUUGGAGGUCCCCUUUGGUUCUACUUUCUGCAAUUCUGAGAAUUAGGCUGACUUUCUGUGUAACAUAUAUUUCUACUGUGGAUUCAGGGAGCAAACACUCACUUUUGUAGAUUUCAUUUUAUUACUUGGCAAGGGGAGAGAUGGCAUUAGUUUCCUUGAAGAGAAAAAUGCUAUGUGAUAUCUCUUAUCCUGGGAUGUUGGACUCCUUCCUCCAGGUAUGCCAGUCACCUCCAAGUCUACUGCAGUGCUUUAAACAAAUUCUUAAGGCUUGGGCCUUCUGCAGUUCUUUUUCCUUAUAUUACAGCUGUAGCAGGUUCACUGCUGGCAGGUUCUGUUACUAUAUUCUGGCAUUUGAAGUAGUCUUCUGUAGACUUUGGGCCAGGGUUGGAAUUGUAUGGAUUAAAAUGCAGCUGGUCUGUGUUAGCCCUGCAUUACUCACUUGCUAUUGUAGACAUGUGUAAGCCAAGCACAAACCCUUGGUCAAACAUAACAAUACUGAUGGUGCGAUGCUCUUAGCAUCUCUGAGGAAGUUAAAUGCUUUAGUAAGAAGUUGCACCAAUCCAUAUGUCAUUAAUAGGCCAAAACCUGUAUUACUUUACUCAAAGAUGCAGUACCAGAAGAAGGAAGGCUGCUGUCUCCCAAAUGAGCCUAGUGCAAAAAUCCCAUCCUCUAACCAAAACUGCAAGUUGUGAUCUAGCUUUUAUAAGGAGAUGCAAAUGCAAAAGCCUCAGUUUCCUCUACCCUCUUACAUCUCGCCCCUCUUUGAAAAUUAGAACUAACCUGGGCCUUGGGUGGAAUCUCUUAACUCUUACACUCCAGUUGAGGGUCCUCCUUGAGCACUUGCCACCACAUCUUGCUUUAACUCAUCAUGUUUGUUUUACUGGCAAGCAUGCCAAUAAAAUUGUCAUCUUUCUACAAAUCAGAACCUGCAUGAAGGAGCAGGGUAAGCCCUUCUUUCAAAAUAAUUCCUGUUACAGCUCCAUGUAGACCAUAUUUUGGGUCUUGUGCUCUUUUCGCAUUUCCAGGGCUGGAGAUCAUUUGAGUAGUUUGGGCUUUGCCACACUCAUGGUCAGUGAGUUGUGCUACAUGGUGUUAUGUACUUGAGGCUGUCACUUCUGGCAGACUUAGCUUGCUCAUUAAGUACUGACAAAGGCUAAAAAACCUCUCCUUUUUCUGAACUAUGCAUGGAGCUAGGAAAGCUGGCAGUAUUAUUCAUAUUCAUUACUGUUUGCAUAUAAAUGUACUUGUGUUCUCUCAGAUACUGUCUUAAGUGAUAAAAUUUCCAGUGUUUUCCUGGCUGUUUUUUUAGUCUGAUAUCCUACUGUAAAAUUCUUUUCUUGACAGCUUGAUUUUGCUCUUUGAAAUAAUUCAUCCUGAAACUGGUUAUUAUCUGUUAUUACACUGUAUUAUCUUAAUUAUUUUUUUCCUUGCUGUUCAUUGUCAGCUGAUGCUGGGCAGGGCACAAUGGCAUGAUUAGCUUUCAUCCCAAUUAUAUGUAUUUCUCUGUGUUUGUUGGAUUUAGUUUCAUUUGGUUUUGAACCACUACGCAAUCUUUUAAACUUUGUGUACAGGGAAUUUUCAAACUCUUCUGCCUUAACUGCAAAAUUGAUCUGUCUAGCUCUUGCUAGUAAACUUCUUGGAAAAAUGUUAAAAAUCAAAAUUUAACCUCACAUUAUUUUUUGUUUGGGAAUGUAAAAUGUAGUUUAUGUCAAACUAUUACAUGUUUUUAUGAACAAUGUGUUUCCUGACAAUUGACUGAUUGCCACCAACAGGAUUGCUAACAUAGAUAAAGAAAAACUUACACAGAGGUUAAAGGUACUUUAAAAGAGAAUAUGUAUUUCUUGUUAAAUGAUUUUAAGGUUUCAAGCCUUCCCAAAAUAUAUCUGAACUGACUCGGAUUUCUUUGCAAGAAAUGUUAAAAUGCACAGUUUGAGAUAAGGAUUAAACUGAUGGUCUCAGUUGCACAUAAACUUAGGCCAGACUUCAAUUACAAGGUAAUUUCCAAUAUUAGCUACUUAAUGCUAAUUGCUUUGCUAUCUGAAAGCAAUUGAAUAUUAUCCAAGAUACCUUUUGCAAACUACUAUGGGUUUUAAAAUUAACACAAGAUAAUUUGGUUAAACAGAAUGGUGGAGUAAAUGCUAGAUGCAUUUUAAUGCUGUUGAUGACAAAAGAUGCAUUUUAUUUUUGGUGUUGCAUUUAUUAAUGGAAAGUUGGUAUUCUAAAGUAUUUUUCUACAAAAAUGUGUUUGUGCAAAGGCAGUACUUUAACAUUUUUCAAGAACUCAUAUUUUUAAAUGCUACAGACCAGAGACUGUCUAUGUUGAGACUGAAGUUAGUAGCUUUAAAAAAAUGCAAUGUAAGCUUUAAUUUUUAUAUUUUAAUAAUAACUUGCUGUCAACUUGUUUACAUAUUUGUAGGAGGGAAAGCUUCAUUAUGCAUUGACUUAUCUUGAUACUAUCUUUAAUAAAUGCUGCUUUGAACAGGA